UCGAAAAUUCGAACUUUUAAGUUUCUAUAAUUAAAUAAUGUCAGCGUGAAAAAUUAGAAGAGUCAUAAAUUAUUAUUGUGAGUCCAUUAAUUUCCUAUUGAAUUAAGUUUAAAUUUGUGAAAAUGUGAUAGUCUUUGGACUGUGUCUGCACCAAUUGUCUGGUUUCGUAGUUAAUUCGCUGCCAUACUUACAAUCGAUCAAUAACUAAAGGCGACCCAAGCUAUGGCGAAAAUUGUUAGUAGGUAAAUUCCUUAGCUAUUCGGCUUUAGCUUGCGGCCUCAGUUAAAACUAUGUAGGUAUUUGGUUACUUUUAUGUAAACAAAUAGUAGGUAAAUACUAAGCAUGAUGGCAGAAGUACAAGUUAAAAUAGAACCGCGGGAUCCAGAAGAAGAUGAAAAUGAACCACAAGAUCUGACGACUUCGGGGCCGAGCUUUCACAAUUUUGUCGGCCUACAGCCUGAGCCUGUUGACAUCAAAACGGAACCGGCCAGUGACAAUGAAGUGCAGUCCAGCGAUGAUGAACCCCUUUUUCCUCACACCCAGAUUAAAAUUGAACCCUGCAAUGAGAACGGUACAGAUGAAUAUGAAGAGGAAGAAAAUUUUAUGAGACCAGAGAGAUCAAAACCUAGGAAACGUAAGGAAUCCUCCGACGAGGAUUUUACGUUGGCCAGCUACAAGAAAAAAUUAAAUAAAAAGAAAGGUGAAGGUGGGAAUAUAAAGCCGAGCAUGAAAGGAAGAUCUAGAGCUGGGCCUGAAAUGAUAUACAAGGAUGAAAUAAUAAGCCAGAUAGAGAUUGAGACGAUAACCGAGGAGGAGCGGCAGUCGGAGCAUCAGGAGGUGUUGGAGACUCGGAGACACAUGAGGUUCCUGUGUGAGUGGUGUGCCGUCGGCUUUGUCAUAGAAGAUGCUUACCAGGUCCACAUGAAAUUGCAUACCCAGGAGAACGGCACCCACGAGUGCGAGCUCUGUCACAUGUGGGUGAGGAACAGCGACGUGUUGUACCGUCACCGGCUGCGCCAUUACCGACGGUACCGCUGCGUUGUGUGCGGCCUGCGACUGCGGGACAAGGACACCGCGGCCGCACACAUCAUGAGCGACCACCAGGGCACCUCGUUCCCCUGUCCGCACUGCGACAAGGGGUUCAAACGGCCUCAGUACCUGCGUCGUCACAUAGCUCAGAUGCACACGCGCGCUACGGAGUACAAGUGUCCCGUGUGCGGCCGCGUGUUCUACGAGCGCGGAUGGUUCCGGUGUCAUGUCAGAUCUCACAACGAGGAAGUUCAGAUGUGCGCGUCACAGAGCCUGCCGUGCACGCAGUGCGGGCGCGUGUUCCGGCAGCGGUCGAACCUCAAGCGGCACAUGUUGACGCACGUGCGCGAGCCCGUCCCGUGCCCGCACUGUGACGUCACCGCCGACAACCCCGAGCUGCUGCGCAUGCACUGCAUCAAGUUGCACCCCGAGCUGGUCGGGGACGCGGAUACAAUAUGCGUGCACUGUGGUCGCGCGUGCGCCACCAUCCCCAUGCUGCAUCGCCACUUGCGGCGCAUGCACGCUGACAGGACUAAAAGAUUCGAGUGCGACCACUGCUCCCGCCGCUACCUCACGAAGGGCGAGGUGCGGUCGCACAUAAUGUGGUCGCACCUCCGCCGGCUCGGCGGGCACGCGUGCGACUGCGGCCGCGUGUUCCGCAACCCCGCCCGCCUGAGACACCACCAGAGAAUACACCAUCUGCGUCUGGAGGAGCCGCGCGAUAAACACUGUCCAGUGUGCGGCAAGGCCUUCGCGAACCAACAAGUCCUCACCCGUCACAUACGUGGUCACAGCGGCACCACGUACCCGUGCCAGGAGUGCGGUCAGACCUUCAAAACUCAGUCCUACGUCAAGGUGCACUACAAGAUCAAACAUCUCAACAUGACGCGAGCGCAGGUAAAAGCGGAGAGCAAACGGAAACUGCUGAUGGUGGACAACGCGGACGACCCCCCCGCCUUCCGGCGGCCCCCCUCGCCGCGCACCCCCGACCCCCCCAGCUUCGGGCAGCCCCCCUCGCUGCGCACCACCGACCCUCCCGACACCCUCGUUUUCCCAGACGUAGGGGGGAUCAAGCGGGAGAUCAUCGAGGUGCCGAAAUGAAGUUCCUUAUCGUGUGCGCUCUGGUGCUGGCGGUGGCCGCCGCUGAAGACUACCUGGUG